AUGAGUCCUAGUUCUUCCACUUCCCGACCUCGAUCUUUCCGUUCCAAGCUUGACCGCGCCCACUCCAGCGAUUGCGAGGUGAGGAGAUUCCUUGCGUCGCUCAAGGAAUGCUCGCGAUCCCGGGAUCUGGAUUGGGGUAAGCAAAUCCACGCCGAGGCGGAGUGCUGCGGCCUCGAUUCCAAUGCGUUCGUGGCGAGCAGCCUGGUGAAUCUCUAUGGCAAGUGCGGCUGCAUGGACGAGGCGCGCAGGGCUUUCGACCGGAUGAAUUGCCCCGACCUCGUCGCGUGGAAUUCUCUCAUUCUGGGCUAUGCCGUGAAUGGGCACGGCGGGGUUGCGCUCCAGCUCUUCCUGGACAUGGAAUCGCGGGGCUUGCAAGGGAAUUCUGUCACGUUUAUUGGUUUGCUCAAGGCCUGCGCGAGCCUCACAGAGAAGGAGAAUGGGAAGGUUUUAGAAGAUCUAGAGCUCGUCGUGAAGUUUUCUUCUCUUGACAGAGGAAUGGCUCUUCACUCCCUUGCCACUGCAAGGGGAAUCGACACAAACGCUUUGGUAGCUAGCAGCCUGGUGGAAAUGUAUGCUCGGUGUGGAAGCGUGGUGGAUGCGUGGAAGGUUUUUCAUGGAGCUCCAAAGCGUGACGUAGUUCUAUGGACUUCUUUGAUGCAGGGUUUUGUAGAGAAUGGGCAGAGCGAGGUGGUGCUUGAGCUCUUCGUGGAAAUGCAACGAGAAAGCGGUGGAGCAAAUGCCAGAACCUUUGUUGCGGUGUUCCAGGCCAUCACUUCUUUAGCAAAGAGGGAACGAGGAGAAGAAACUAUCCAUGGAAGGAUACUCAAGCUGAAGUCUCUGGAAAGAGCUGCUUGAUCCAAAUGUACGCGGCUUGUGGCAGCAUGGGCGAUGCUCUUGGAGUGUUUAGCACCAUUUUCCAGCCAAAUCAAGUCUGCUGGACGGCAUUGAUGCUCGGGUACGUUGAAAACAGCCAGGCCGAAACAGCGCUACAUUUUUUCUUGCUAAUGCAGCUCGAGGGAUGUUCUCCAGACGUGUGGACGCUCGUUUGCGUGCUCAAAGCUUGUGGAAGCUCAGUAGCCUUGAGGCUUGGCCGGAUACUUCACGAAGAGAUCACGAGCUUGGGGUUCCAGUUCCAGGGAGCCGUGAUCUCUUCGUUGGUAGAUUUCUACAGCAGAUGUGGGAGCAUGGACGAAGCGGAGCUGGUUUUCAACUCGGUCUCGAGGAAGGAUGCUGUGAGUUGGAGCUCACUUAUCGCGGGCUACAGCCGCCAGGGAGACAACGAUCGAGUGAUCCAGCUCUUUGAGAAGAUGUGUGACGAGGGUGUCAAGCCGGACGGUGUAACUUAUGUCUCGGUGCUCGCGACUUGCAGCCGGGCUGGGAUGAUCGAGCAAGGCAAGAAGUUUUUCUAGGAGAUGACGUCUAUAGAUCCGGGCAUUGAGCACUACCACUACACGCUGGACGACCAAAGCAGCACGAGGAAGCUCUGGAGAUGGUGGAAGCUAUGCCGUUCGAAGCCACAAUGGUCACUUGGACGAGUUUGCUGGCUGCUUGCUUCAAGGGAGAAGAUUGCUUGUGACAACAUCCUCUCUCUCCUGCGGAAGAUUUCUCGAGAGCUCAUUACGCUGGUUUUUUCAAAAGAGAUCACGUCCUUCUCAAUGAAUCGUCUGCGAGCU